UUUUUUUAAAAUCACAUUUUCGUUAUAAAAUGUUCAUAAGCAGACCAAAACCCAGUUAGACUCUACCUUACCAGCUAAUUAGGCAAAUUUCUUUUGACAUUAGAAAACUGUAAAGAAUGAAUGAAAUAAACCAUUUCAUUCUGCUGCUCACGGCGCUGAUAUCGGGUGCCUGGGGCCUCUGCCAGUACUCAGACUGGACCAGUGGAUUUGACAAACGAGGCUACGUCCAGUGCACGAUGACCAUGGGCGUCAUCUCCGGAUUCUACCGCAGCGCAAGACAAGGGUGGGGCAACGACCCCAUCUCCAACCUCGAGAAGGCCAUGUGUUGCUACCCACCCAACCCCUGGGUCGAUUCCCCUGUUCAGGUUUCCUACGCCAACUGGGAAGUGAUACUGAACAACAACAACAUUUGGGCCAACUGUCCCGCUGGCUAUUUCCUGCAAGGGUUCUACAGAACCGACGGUCAAGGUUUGAGUAACAUUGAGUUCGGCAGAUGCUACAAACCCGCGGACCAUCCUACCUAUUACGGUCAAUGUUACGAAGACACAAACAUCCAGAACUGUUUUGACGAAGAAGGGUUGUGUUCUUGCAAGGACGGGUACUUCAUCACUGGGCUGUACAAAUCGGACUGCAACCAGCUGUACUGUAUUAACAAGAUGAAGUGCUGCAAGAUGGCGGAUAAACCCGCGAAAAUUGACGAAACCUACAAAAUCAAAGAGUUGGUCAUGGACAAGACGAUGAAAUACACGGGACAGCUGGCGUCGUAUUUGGGCUAUGGAUGGUGUCAGAGCUGUAUUGCACCGUUUGACGGGGAAGAUUUCAGACGUAACGGGUACACCUGGGUCGCGGACAAAACUGGUGAAUGCGAGGGUUUUAAGAGUGACCAGCGUCUCAGCAUGGUCUACGGGGACUGGAGCUUCGGCAUCAAAGAUAUUAAAUACGGUGAGCCUGUCAUUGAAGAACUCAAGCCAGAGAGUCUCGACAGUGGAACCAUCUACAACAACGAUGCGACAAAAGCUACAAAGACUAUCACUCGAACGGAGACAAUUGUCCGAAGUGUAACGCAUACAACGACAACUGAGUUUAAAAACUCCAAAGAGCUGGAACUUGAGAUUAGCUACACGCCCCCACCCAUCGGAGGAGUUGGAGCUUCCGCUUCUUUCAAGUUCGGUUAUGAAAAAACGACUUCGACUACCGACGAAAACAAGAACGAGCAGUUCCAAAGUUUCUCUGUCAGCACUUCUAAGGAAAUGGCACCCUUCAGCGCCGUCAAGUGGAAUCUGAUACUCUCCAAGACGCGAACAACUGUCCCUUACACCGCAGUGGUCAUCGCCAGAUUCAGCUGCGAGUUACAAGGUUUCCUCAGAUGGGGUCAAGGACCAAGCGGAAAGUUCACAAACUAUCACCAGCAGUACCGCGGCAGCAGCGACCGACCAACGGUCAACUACAAAUUUGGAGACGCCUCAACACCAUUUUACGAAGCGCUAAAACGUCAAAGCACAUCCAACGCCUACCCGUGGUUAUGGAACGACAUCAAGUCAGUUUACCCCGAUUCCGAUGACGUGAUCGAGAGUUUAUGCAACGAAGACAACUACGUGUUCACGCUGACUGGCAAAUUUGAAGACGUUGUAGGUAAACACGUUGAGGUCAGAUGGGACACGGUUCCAAGCGGAUUCAUCAAGAACACAGCCUCGAAAGGUGCCAGCCUAAUCUCCAACCUAGGCACGUCAGUCACAGGUAUUAAAGUCGGAGGCUCCACAGAACAGGUAGGAAGCAGCAGUGGGAAAGCUGUGGCCAAGUCCGGGUCGGAUGACCCUCAGGCUAACCCUGCUCCACCAGAAUACGACAUCAAAACUACCAACCGUCGAAUCGAUGAUACUAACAGCUCGUCAAAUGUUUGAAAAUGUUUUUAAAAUAGUGAUGGCAUGUAUUGUCGCUGAAUAAAGUAAAGAAAUAUUG